AUUUUCAAACCGCCGCCGCCGCCGCCGCCAUUUCUCCCCGAGCUGAGGCGCCGCUGCCGCCACCGCCGCCGCCAGCCCCGCUGCUGUCCCCGUCCCCAUGGAGGCAGAGCCCCUGGGCCAGAAACCCUCUGCGAGGAGACGGAGCAGGGUCAGCAUCUCGCCCCCGGCGGGCGGAACCCCCGGUGUGGCCGCUUCCUGCAACCGGUACCCUCUGAGAAGAGGCAGCUCCUUCACAUUCCUGACUCCAGGCCCACACUGGGAUUUCACCCUGAAGAGGAAGCGCCGAGAGAAGGACGACGACGCCGUCAGCCUGAGCAGCCUCGACUUCAAGGAGCCAAGCACGAAACGGGUCCGGCCUUUGGCACGAGUCACCUCCCUGGCCAACCUGAUCUCCCCCGUCAGAAAUGGGGCGGUUCGGCGCUUUGGGCAGACAAUCCAGUCGUUCACCCUGCGCAGCGACAGCAAAUCCCCUGGCUGUGCCCAGAAGUCGUGCAGCAGGUCUGCUGCUCCCACUCCCCCCAAGAGAAGGAACAGCGUCCUUUGGUCUGAGAUGUUGGAUGUGAACACGAAGGAGUCCCUGAGCACCAAGGAGAUCAAGCGCCAGGAGGCCAUCUAUGAAAUGUCCAGGGGAGAGCAGGACCUGAUUGAAGACCUGAAGCUGGCCAGAAAGGCCUACCACGACCCCAUGCUGAAACUCUCCAUCAUGUCUGAGGAGGAGCUCACCCACAUUUUUGGGGACUUGGAUUCCUACAUUCCUCUGCAUGAAGACUUACUGGCAAGCUUGGGAGAAGCAACAAAACCAGAUGGAACCGUGGAGCAGAUUGGGCCCAUCCUUGUGAAGUGGCUCCCCCGCCUGCACGCCUACAAAGGCUACUGCAGCAACCAGCUGGCAGCCAAAGCGCUGCUGGACCAGAAGAAGCAGGACAGGAGGGUGCAGGAUUUCCUGCAGCGCUGCCUCGAGUCUCCCUUCAGCCGCAAGCUGGACCUGUGGAGCUUCCUGGACAUCCCUCGGAGCCGCCUGGUCAAAUACCCCCUGCUCCUCAAGGAGAUCCUCAGGCACACCCCCAAGGAGCACCCCGACAUCCACAUCCUGCAGGAGGCUAUCUCCAUAAUCCAAGGAGUCCUCUCUGACAUCAACCUGAAGAAGGGCGAGUCGGAGUGCCAGUACUACAUUGACAAGCUGGAGUACCUGGAUGAGAAGCAGAAGGAUCCGAGGAUUGAAGGCAGCAAAGCUUUGCUGUGCCACGGGGAGCUGAAGAAUAAAAAUGGACAUAAGCUCUACGUCUUCCUCUUCCAAGAAAUGCUGGUGCUGACGCGGCCGGUGACCCGCAACGAGCGCCAGGCGUUCCAGGUGUACCGGCAGCCCAUCCCUGUGCAGGAGCUGCUCCUCGAGGACCUCCAGGAUGGAGAUGUCAAAAUGGGCGGCUCCUUCCGAGGGGCUUUCGGCAAUUCUGAUAAAGCCAAGAACAUUUUCCGGGUGCGUUUCCAGGAGCCGGGGCCGGGCCGGUCGCACACGCUGCAGGCCAACGAUGUGUUCCACAAACAGCAAUGGCUGAGCUGCAUCCGCGCCGCCAUCGCCCCCUUCCACCGAAACCCUGCCGGCCCCGAGCUGGCCGAGCUGCCCGAGCUGAGCGAGGAGGGCGAGGAGAACAACCCCAACGUGGAGCUGGACUCGGGGGAAACCAAGGAGCUCCCAUCCCACAGGAGCAAAUCCAGGGAGAAGCAGCUCGGCGGGAAGCGGAAAGAAACGCUGGUGUAGCGUAAGGAGGGGAUGGGAGGCCUGGUGAAAGGCACGUGGGGUUGGGAAAAAUGUUAAUUUAUAAAUAAUUGCGUGUACAUUUUGUACUGGGAGUGCGCCGCGGAUCAGAGCCUGGCUUGGGGUCGGAAUGGCAGCUACUGGUGUG